AUGGAUGUCAGCACCAAACUGAGUCGGAACACAGCCGUGAGCAACGAGGAGCAGACCGCAGUUCCCUACCGAGAGCUGGUUGGAUUCUUAAUGUAUAUAGCCAUGGGCUCAAGGCCGGAUAUUGCUCAUGCUGUCAGCUGUUUAAUCUGCUACAAUGAUUGUUAUCAAAACGCACACUGGACAGUGAAACGAGUGUUGCGUUACCUUCGGGGUACUCUUGAUUACUCCAUCAUCUACAAGUCCACCGGGGGGCAGUCUCUCAUCGGAUUUGUUAACGCAGACUGGGGAAGCUGUCCAGAUGAUAGUCGGUCAUACAGCGGUUACGUUUUUGUUCUAGGUGGAGGUAGCAUUAUCUGGGAAUCCAGGAAACAAAGGACGGUGGCUCUCUCCUCUACUGAGGCACAAUAUAUGGGAGUCAGUGACGCUUUCAAGGAAGAUCUAUAUCUACGAAAGUUCGUGGGAGAACUCGGAUUGAAGAUUUUAGGUGUUGUCAUUGUGCUUUGCGACAACCUUGAGGCUCAGAAGCUUGCAUUGAACCCCAUUUUUCACUCUCGGACUAAACAUAUAGACAUCCGGCACCAUUUCGUACGUGAAAAAUUGGAGUCAGGAGAAAUUGCUUUAAGACACGUCUCGACGGAAGACAUGGCUGCGGACGUGUUGACCAAAGGCCUUCCAAGGGACAAGCAUAACAAAUGCUUAAGAUCUCUGGAAAUGAGUCGACUCCCUGCAUAA